CUCUCUAAAUAGUCACUUCACUGCUGUAUAAUCUUAUUCCUCUGUUUUCCUAUCUGUCUCUUUUCUCUGUUUUUUUUUGCUUUCAUCAGUCAUGAACAAUGGUAAAGAAAAAUUGGUUGUAGAAGUGGUGGCAGCACAUAACUUGAUCCCAAAAGAUGGUGAAGGUUCAUCAUCACCAUUUGUAGAAGUUGAGUUUGAGAAUCAGAGACAAAGAACACAAGUAAAAAUGAGGGAUUUAAACCCUGUAUGGAAUGAAAAGCUUGUUUUUCAUGUGAAUGAUGCUGCUGAUCUUCCUUAUCGAACGAUUGAAGUGAAUGUUUUUAACGAGAAAAGGUCGAACACAAGCAGAAAUUUUCUGGGUCGAGCUCGGAUUUCUGGGUCAAGCAUUGCUAAAGAAGGGGAAGAAAUAGCGCAGCUUUAUACACUUGAUAAAAGGAGUCUUUUUUCUCAUGUACGUGGUGAGUUGAGUUUGAAGAUUUAUUUAUCUACAACAGAGCAAGUGAAACAAGUUAUAACUGAUAAGGGUAAUGCUGGUGGUGGAGGGGCGGUGUCUUCUGGUGCUCCAAAUGCUAAGAAGAACAAGAAAUUGCAGCAGCAGCAACAGACAAAUGGAACUAACAUGGUGGUUCAAAUGGGUCAAGAAAAUAAGGUAAACUUUCAAAACCAGAACCAUUCAAAGCCAGUGGAGUCAGUUCCAGGUGACAUUAAGCCUGUUGUUAUUACUAGUGUUCCUGGACCUAUUAUUCCGGCUGGGACUGGUGGAGGUGGUCAUGGUGGUGGUGGGGUUGGUUUGUACACUUCUGGGCAAGGUGAGUUUUCUCUGAAAGAAACAAGUCCACAUCUUGGUGGUAAGGACAAGACUAGCUCAACAUAUGACUUGGUGGAACAAAUGCAGUAUUUGUAUGUUAGAGUUGUAAAGGCUAAGGAUUUUUCUGUUUUUGGUGUUGGGGGUGGUGGUGAGCUUGUAGCUGAGGUGAAACUUGGUAACUAUAGAGGAAUUACUAAAAGGGUUUUUUCAAAUCAUGCUGAAUGGGACCAAGUUUUUGCCUUUUCAAAAGAUAGUGUACAGUCCUCUGUGGUGGAGAUCUUUGUGAAGGAAAAUAACAAAGAUGACUUCUUGGGUCGUGUUUGGUUUGAUUUGAAUGAGGUACCUAAACGAGUUCCGCCCGAUAGUCAGUUGGCUCCACAAUGGUAUAGAAUGGAAGACAAGAAAGGUGAUAAGUCUAAAGGUGGUGAACUUAUGGUUGCCAUAUGGUUUGGUACUCAAGCUGAUGAAGCCUUUGCUGAGGCUUGGCAUUCUAAAGCAGCAAAUGUGCAUUUUGAUGGUUUGUGUUCUAUCAAGUCUAAAGUGUAUCUGUCACCUAAGCUUUGGUAUUUACGUGUUGGGGUUAUUGAAGCUCAAGAUAUUGUUAUGGGGGAGAAAGGGUCAUCAAUUAUGAGAUACCCUGAACUUUUUGCUAAAGUUCAAGUUGGGAAUCAGGUUCUGAGGACUAGAGUUUCUCCGCCUGCUGCUACUAGAAGCCUUACAAAUCCUUUCUGGAAUGAGGACUUAAUGUUUGUGGUUGCUGAGCCAUUUGAAGACUUCUUGCUUGUUUCGAUUGAGGAUAGACUUGCUCCCAACAGAGAGGAAGUUGUGGCGAGGGUUCUUUUGCCUGUUUCAAGCCUAGAAAGGCGACUAAAUGAGAAGCCAGUGACUUCGAGGUGGUUCAAUCUUGAUACUCAUUUGAGCAAUGCAAAUGAUCCCAAAGCUGUGGUUAGAUUUGCCUCGCGGAUUCACCUCCGUGCUUCACUUGAUGGAGGUUACCAUGUGCUUGAUGAGGCAACAAUGUACAGCAGUGAUGUUAGGCCGACAGCAAAACAGUUGUGGAAGCCCCACAUUGGAGUUCUCGAGGUUGGGGUUUUGGGAGCUACCAAUCUCGUGCCAAUGAAAAUGAAAGAAGGCAAGGGUGGCUCUGUAGAUGCGUAUUGUGUUGCAAAGUAUGGGCAGAAAUGGGUCCGAACUAGGACAGUGGUGGACAGCUUAUCUCCUAAAUGGAAUGAGCAAUAUACUUGGGAAGUCUUUGACCCUUGCACUGUCAUCACUAUUGGGGUGUUUGAUAAUUCUCGUGUAGACAAGAAUAUGGCUAACCCUGCGGCUGGAAAUCGGGACUCUCGGAUAGGGAAGGUUAGGAUCAGGCUAUCAACUCUUGAAUCAGAUAGAGUUUAUACUCAUGCAUAUCCACUUUUGAUGCUGCAUCCUUCUGGGGUGAAAAAAAUGGGGGAGCUUCAUUUGGCUGUCCGGUUUUCAUGUGCUAACAUGGUGAAUAUGCUUCAUAUGUAUACAAUGCCUUUGCUUCCAAAGAUGCAUUAUGUUCAGCCCUUGUCUGUAAGUCAGUUGGACAGCUUGAGGCACCAGGCUAUGAAUGUGGUGGCAACAAGACUUAGUCGAUCUGAGCCACCUUUGGGAAGAGACGUGGUGGAGUACAUGCUCGAUCAUGAUUCUCAUAUGUGGAGCAUGAGAAAGAGCAAAGCAAAUUUCUUUAGGCUAACAAAUGUGGUUUCUUGGUUUGUUAUUAUGAGCAGGUUUCUAGAGUCUGCGCGCAACUGGCAUAAGCCAGUGCACUCUGCAUUAGCACUGAUUGCCUUUACCAUUCUUGUAUUGGUGCCCGAGCUCAUCAUCCCUUGUGUACUACUCAACUUGGCUGCAGUAGGACUAUGGCGUUACAGGUCACGCCCACGCCACCCUCCCCACAUGGACACUCGACUCUCAUAUGCAGAGAGCGUUUAUCCAGAUGAACUAGACGAGGAGUUCGAUUCAUUCCCUACCAGCAGAAAUGCAGAAAUCGUUCGAAUGAGAUAUGAUAGACUGAGGAGUGUGGCUGGUAGGAUUCAAACUGUGGUUGGUGAUAUGGCAACUCAAGGGGAAAGAUUCCAGGCAUUGUUAAGCUGGAGGGAUCCAAGAGCAACAUUCUUGUUUGUAAUAUUCUGCUUCUUUGCUGCCUUUGGCUUCUACUUGGUGCCAAUCAAAUGGGUUGUGGCUCUUUGGGGUUUGUAUUAUUUGAGACCGCCAAGGUUCAGGAACAGGUUGCCAUCUAGUGCUGUAUGUUUCUUGAAGAGGCUGCCUACCAGGGCAGAUAGCAUGUUGUAAAAUCUUAGUUAGUAGUCAUUAGUGGGGCAUGUAGUAUUUUGUGAACUGUAGGAUAAGACUAGGAUUUGAAAUGCCCUUGUGUCUGUUUUGUUUUACUUCUGUUGCAUUGUGAUCUAUCUAGGGUACCUUUCAGUUACCUCUCUCUCUAAAACUAUUGUGUUUCAUCAAUUCAAUUCUUACA